CGGGAGGGUCACGUGCUGCUCAGGGCCGCGCCGUCGGCGGGGCUGCAGCUGCGGGAACGGCGGAAGGAGGGAGGUGCGGGGAUGAGCUGAGCCCCCCCCGCCCCGCAGCAGAUGAUGCAUUUUUUGUGCUCAGCGAUGAAAGGUGGUAAUGGAGAAAGAUAAGGAUGAUCCACAAAUUAAGGUCCCGAUUUGGGGGAAGGCCAAUUUCAAUAUCGCAGGACAGGACCUGACGAAAGUAGUCUGGGAGCAGCUUCGUGCAGCUCAAAUUGAAAUCAUCCCCUGCAAGAUCUGUGGAGAUAAAUCAUCAGGAAUCCAUUACGGUGUAAUCACUUGUGAAGGCUGCAAGGGGUUCUUCCGGAGGAGCCAGCAGAGCAAUGCCACCUACUCGUGCCCGCGGCAGAAGAACUGCCUGAUUGACCGAACGAGCCGGAAUCGGUGCCAGCACUGUCGGUUACAGAAGUGUCUGACGGUGGGAAUGUCUCGCGAUGCUGUCAAGUUUGGUCGGAUGUCCAAGAAGCAGAGGGACAGUCUGUAUGCCGAGGUGCAGAAGCAUCGCCUGCAGCAACAGCAGAGGGACCACGCGCAGCCGCCUGGUGAGGCAGAGCCCCUGACCCCACCUUACAGCAGCCUGGCAGAACUGAACAAUGACCUCAGCAACUUGUACAUGGACGGGCAGGCGGCAGAAGUGGGCAAGGCAGACUCAGCCAUGAACAACCUCUACCUGGACAUUCAGCCAUCUCCCGACCAGUCUGGUCUGGACAUCAAUGGCAUUAAACAGGAACCAAUUUGUGAAUAUGUAACGGCCCCGGACUUCUUCCCCUACUGCUCCUUCACGGAUGGUGAAACGUCUCCGACUGCCUCGAUGGCAGAGCUAGAGCACCUUGCACAGAACAUUGCCAAGUCCCACAUUGAGACCUGCCAAUACCUCCAGGAGGAACUGCAGCAACUGAUGUGGCAAACGUACGUCCGGGAGGAGCUGGAGAUUUACCUGAACAAGCCCAGGGAGGUGAUGUGGCAGCUGUGUGCGAUCAAAAUCACCGAAGCAAUUCAGUACGUGGUGGAGUUUGCCAAACGCAUUGAUGGAUUCAUGGAACUGUGUCAAAAUGAUCAGAUCGUACUUCUGAAAGCAGGUUCUUUAGAAGUUGUGUUUGUCCGAAUGUGUCGCGCGUUCGACUCCCAGAACAACACCGUGUAUUUUGACGGGAAAUUCGCUGGACCCGACAUCUUCAAAUCGCUGGGUUGUGAUGACUUGAUCAACUCCGUCUUUGAAACUGGCAAAAGUCUGUGUGCGCUGCACUUGGUGGAGGAUGAGAUUGCCUUGUUUUCUGCUUACGUGUUGAUCUCAGCUGAUCGCCUGUGGCUUCAGGAGAAAAUCAAAGUGGAGAAGCUGCAGCAGAGGAUCCAGUUGGCCCUUCAACACCUCCUGCAGAAACAUCACCGAGAGGAUGGCAUUCUGACCAAGCUCCUAUCUAAAGUGACCACAUUACGAGCACUGUGUAACCGACACACUGAGAAGCUCUCCACGUUUAAAGCAAUACACCCAGACAUUGUGCGUGUGCAUUUUCCUCCGCUGUACAAGGAGCUGUUCAGCUCUGAGUUUGAGCAGAUGAUGCCAACAGACGGUUAAUCUUUGGCACCAGUGGACAUCGGCACCUGGAAGUCCUGCCGCGGGUCACGUGAUGAGACUCAGUCACUCAGUGCACCAGCCGUGUGCACAGCCCAAGAGAUCAAAGAGGCGGCAAGGUCCUGGGGGACUUUGGAGGGUUGGGGCGGGGGGAUUAACAUUAGUUUCCUAGUGAAAGUUGAACCUGUUUUUCUCAUGCAUUUAGUUUGUGUAGAGCACAGCGUACAGUGACAUUAUAAUGCUGAGAAGCUUCUUUAGAGCAAAUCUUUUACAGGGUAUAUUGAGUAAAUACAGUGAAUAUAACAUUUAAUAUCAGUAUAUCAUUUUAACUUUGAUGUGCUGUGAGAUGAUAUAUGAAUCUAUAUUUUAAGCACCUUUUCCCAAUUUGUACAUGAUAUGUUGGUAUUUAUUAACUCUGUUAAAGGACAUGCACAAGAAAUACAAGUUUAAUUGUUGAGUGUACAGGAGGGGGUGGGAGUUUCAGAUGCUGCUGUUUAAGUUGAUGUUUGUGUGUUGUAGGAAUGCCCACACAAUUAGUUUGGUUUACAAACGCACUCCAGUUUCCAUUGUCUGUGUGGCUGAACAGUGUGUAACUGAUUCAGAUCCAGAAUAGUACGGUGAAAGGUGACGGUAUCAAAUGAUUUAUAAAAUACAAAGCCUUGUCUGGACCACUUAAGAAAGAGUUCUAUUUUUAUAACCCUCGUAUGAAUAUUAGGAAGCACUUAAAAUAUUCCGGCAAUAAAAGAGAUGUGAUUUGUGUAAAAUGUUUUUUUGUAAGGCAAGACAAUAAUAGAAAGAAAUGUUAUUUUCUAAAGGCUUGGUAUUAUUUUCUUCUGAGACCAUGUCUGAUUCUGUCUAGUGAGAUGUUUUCAUCUGAUGUGCCACAGUGUUUAUAUGUUUUCUGGCAAAUAUCCUUGAAAUGGAGGUUUCCUUGUGAAACGACAUUCCAAAAAUGUGUGAAUAUGUAGAAAUGUCUAAAGCACACGUCUGUUUUUGGGUGUGGAGAGUGGGUGUGUGUGGACAGCCGUGAGGUGUAGAUGUUGGGUGUACAUGGGGUGAGGAGUGUGAGUGUAUGUGUGGUGUGCGUAGGUGGGAGUAACAGUUUGUGUGCGUGUCUGAGUGUGUGGGUAUAAGGGUGAAAGAAAGGGUGUGUGUGUGUGUGUAGGUGAGUGAGUAUAUGUGGGUGGGUGCAUGGCAGUGUGAAAGUGUGUGCGUGUGGCAGUGUGCGCACGCUUGUGAGUCUGGGUCACUGUUGCUUUUUGCACGUCUCAUUGCUCCGUAGUGCAAUAUGUAAAAGGGCACUCACUGGUGCACAUUUAACCCCUCAGGGAAGUAAACCGUGUGUUUCUACAGUCUCUUAUUGUGCUAAGGGCUGUUGUCUGAAUUAUCUGUGUGUCUGUGUGUGAGGCAGUCCCGGAGUUAGUCUGGCUCUGGGAUCUCUCUGGAUCCGGGAUGAUCUGAACCUUGCAGUUAGGCCAGUGUUUGUUUGAAAUGUGGUGAGUGUGGUCAGUUACCAGUUGUGACACGUGGCUGGCGAUUGCUGUUACUGUGAAAACAAUCCAGGAUUCUGACUACAUCUGAAGAAUUGUAGGAAGAAAUUCCCCGUGGUCAGAUGGAGGAUUUGAAAUUUUAGCUCAGGGAGGAUGUUUGGUUACAAUGAGGGUACGAAAUGGUCAGGUACUUCCAUUAACAGUAACAGAGCAAGGACAUGCAUGCUCAAAGAGGUUGCAAACUGACUUGAGGAUAAAAUUGCUUACAGUUACUAUUUAGUUGCUAAUCAAUGUCUUUCAAAACCUCAGCCAUUGUACAAGAAUGGUUCAGGCUUUGCUUUUAUAGUGGGACUGCUUUUUUUGGUGGACACUUCUAUGGAAUACUGAUAGAUGCCUGACUUUAUCAUCACACUGUUCAGGAGACAGACCUGCUCUCCCAACUGUUCCGACUGCCCUGAUGUGUGUUCUGAGAGUUUAUACCGCCCACACCUUGCUACUGUUUAUCAGGACAGCGCAGUGCCAGCCUGCCAACACACAGCCUGUCUGGGGGAAAGCAGGGUCAAUCUCAGAGGGGCAUUGCCCAAUUGGGACAGAGAACAAACUCCUCGACCCAGUCUGACAGCAGAAGGAAAACCUGAUCCUGGAGAACCCACUGUAAGAGUAAGGCCCUGUAGGAUGGGCAUUAGCCUUCAGCUGACGCAUCAGCUCCCAGCCUUGACACCUUCCCUGCCUGCUGUGAGCUGUAAAUCCCAGGGCAUUGCCACUCCCUGCUUCUCCUCGAGGAGCUGCCACUGGGUGUCAGGGCGGCAGGGGCAGGCUGCAGUUACCCCAACAGUUUGCACGAGGUUGGGUCCGUCCACUGAACGCCCUCACUGAAUUCACCACAAUUGUGUUCGGGAGCCUCCAUCCCAGGGAUGUGCCCUCCUGUGCCCAUCACCCACACUGAGUGCCCAUCCGCUCAUUCAUACAGGACUCCGCACCCACACGUACAUAACACCCGUUCUCGUAGCCGUGUGGCCCAUCCACAGCUCCCCUUCACGUGUUCAGCCCUGGUUCCAUUAUCCCAAUGGGUGACUGUCAAACAGCCUCUUGUCUGAUCUCUAAUAUUUCCAUAAUUAAUAAACAAGUGUUCAAAGUAAACUCUUUCCUUUUUACUGCCCCAAUUUUUAUUCACUUUCAUUGUUUUACACCUUUUCCCAGAUGAUUGGUCUUCAUUUCCCGAAAUCCUCAGGAUAAUCCCAAAGACUUGUCAACCCCAACAGGUCGGGUGUUUAAGGAGGAAUUAAAGGCCAGUGUUCCAGUCAUUAAUUGCUACACUCUCCCCCUGAAUAUGUUUUGUGCUCCAGCUCAGUGUUCUGGCAGCCAAAGGACGGUGUGCAACUCCUCACAACUCUGAAUAAAUAACCUCAAACAGAUCCUGCAGUGCCCGGCUCUCAUCUGCGCAAGGUCACAGGGCACAUGCGUAAGGUCACGGGACUUCCCCGAGAACAAGCAAUGUUCACUGCUGUCACCGUAAGGCAGGGUCUUCAAAUGAAAGGGAAAAACUGCAGAUGCUGGCAUUCUGAAAUAAAAACAUAAAACGCUGAACACACACAGGAGAUCAGGCAGCAUCUGUGCAGAAACAGUCGACACUUCAGAACUGAUGAAAGGCCUUGCAUCUGAAACGUUGACUGUUUCUCCAUCCACAGAUGCUCCCUGAUCCGCUGAGUGUUUCCAACGUGUAAUGUUUUUAUCUUUGAGUAAAAGACAACACCCUCCAUCCUGGCUCUCUGCCUGUGUACGGCCUCCUGCCACCAUCCCAGCUUCUCCCCCACUCACAUCCCCCUGCUCUACCCCAUCAAGGGUUAACAUUACCUGCACCACAAUAGCAAAAAGCAACAAAAUCAAAAUGCUGUAAGACCAUCGCAGGUGGUCUGGACCAACAAAGGAACAGGACAGAUUGAUGAUUCAGGUGAAACUUUGUUCAGAGCUGGUCAACUGCAAUUAAUGGUAACUUAGAAACCAAAUCUCCAGUUUCCCACUGUCUCCUGUUAGACCUGUGCAGGUGUGACCUCUGCCAGUCAGUCAUUGCCUCUGCGCCAUUGCUCGGUUUCCCAUCUGAUCAAUUACUCAGAUAAAACAGAGCUUCCCAACAACUUUGUGCAGUUUAUGAGAGGUUCCUUUCUGCGACCUUGGCAUCAUGCAGAAUUAUACUGCCUGUUUGACAGAACCGGGAACGGUGACUGGCCAGUGAAAGGGUUCACGUUAUCAUUUACAGUAUCAGCAUCAGUGUUGCUCAGUAGGUCAUCAGGGUCCAUUUACACUGUAGCUCAAGUGAGGUACUCUGCUGGAGUUGGCAAGCCUUGUGAGACUCACCAGCCCGUUUCAGAGCUGAGGGAUACCGAGUACAAUACACCGUUGACAUUAAUGGGGCACUGCUUUUUCUUAUUCUUACUCCGAAUAAGCCGUCAUCUGUCUCAAAUGAGAUUUCUCCACUACUUACAUCUAUGAUUGUGUAUUAAAACUGCUUAGACACGGCCACCUGCACUUGUUAAUGGUAGGCAUGGACUCGGUGGGCCGAAGGGCCUGUUUCCCUGCUGUAUCUCCUCCACUUUCCUCAGUAUUUGUACCCCACUCAGCAGGUACCUCACUGCUACCAUUCAAUCCCAUUUUGGUGUUGUCUGCUCACUAACACCUGCUUUCCCACUGCGCAGUAUCCAUAGAGGUGUUCUCUGAGAGUUCAUUUGCACAACGUAGUUCAGGCUCCUUUACAUUGACAGAGAGUAUGGAUUUUUAGAACACUUCAAACCAGUUUUUAAUGUGCAAACAAUUUUUCAAUCACAAGCAAUAAAAGAUAUUUUGUAUGGUGAAAAAUUAAAGUUUUCUUAAAAAGUUUUUACCUAGAUAUCUGUUUGAGUUGCUGUGGGCGUUAAUCUCAUCCAAACAAUGGCCUGGUGUUUGGUCAUUAAAGUGUCAGAUUUAAGCGGACUGUGUCCCUUGUGUGUGUUGGUCCUCAUGAGGGAGGUGUUUUGUGUUGUGGGUUGGGCCAAUGUUGACCUUUGCAGCUGUAUUAUACUUCCCCAGUCUAAAGAGAAGUGUUAAUGGGGCAAGCCCAGACAAGGCUUUUACUGUUAGUGUCAGCUGGGAAACUUUCAAAUAGAAUUUUAUCCAUUUUUAUAAAAUCUUAGCAAUUUUUGCCUCCAAAGUUCAAACAAUAAAAGCUAAAACUCUAGCCAUAACACCAUGUCAAGCAAUAAAAGAUAAAAGUAAUCACUUUCUGUGCAUAGUAAGUCUUAGACCUGGGCUUGUAAAUGCUGCCUGCUAUUUAUCACCUACAUCGCUGUAAGUUACUAACUCUUUGGUUCAGAAGAAUUUGCAAUGGCCCAUUUAGAGUCCCUUCUCUCUCCUUUUCUCUUACAGUAUUUAAUGUUGAUUCACCAUGUAUACAGUUAUCCUUUUAAAAUUCUGUUUGUUUCUGUAUAGGUAAGGAAGAAAAUGGUAUUAUCAAGCUGCUCAGAGCAAAUAUUUAACUGUUUAUUAAAUAAAGCAUUAUAACUGUAUAAUAUCUUUAUGUAUAUGCUAUUUUAGCCAUAGUUACAAACUAAGGUGUACUGUUUGUGUUUCCUGCUGUGUGGUGCUAGAUGAGUUGCUUUCGUGAAGAAAUAUCAUUGUUCCUAAGUAAUGCCACCGUGCAGUCACCUUAAUUUCACUAAGUAGGUCAGCCACAGAUACACAUGUUAAAAGGCAAAACUUGGGAUACAUAACAAAGACUGGGGUAAAUUAUCCUUCUUGGCAAAGGACUGUGUUACUUCCUUUAGAUACACCUUUUUUGAUUCUCUUGCCUACAGUCUGUCAAUCCUAGAUAGUCUUGCUCCUUCACUGAUUCCUAAAUAAAACAAGUAUUUUGAUCUGUUUUGUAAAUAAAACUGUAAAAAGAGAGAUUUAAUGUUGUCUUUUAAAAAUUCAGAUUUUCAUUCUAAUAUGAAUGUUGUUAUAUUGUACUUAGAAACUGUUACCUUUAAUAAUCCCGAUAUAAAAACUGCAGUUGGCACAUCAGUUUCAGAUGUGUUCACGUGCGGUUACCCCACAA